AUGUCAUACCAAGUCAGAUCCGAGGAUUAUAUAUUUUUAAUAAAAAGUUUAUUCGCUGGUGGUAUAGCUGGAAUGUGUUCAAAAACAACAGUAGCCCCAUUAGACAGAAUAAAAAUAUUAUUACAAGCACAUAAUAGACACUAUAAGCAUUUAGGUGUUAUUUCUGGACUAAAAGAAAUAAUCCAGCGUGAAAAAUUUUUUGCUUUGUAUAAAGGAAAUUUUGCUCAAAUGAUAAGAAUCUUUCCAUAUGCUGCAACACAAUUUACUACAUUUGAGCUGUACAAAAAGUAUCUAGGAGGUAUAUUUGGGAAGCACACGCACAUAGAUAACUUUUUGGCUGGAGCUGCUGCUGGUGUCACUGCAGUUACAUUAACAUAUCCGUUAGAUGUCAUUAGAGCUAGGCUUGCUUUCCAAGUCACUGGAGAACAUAUUUAUGGAGGAAUUAUACAUGCGGGUGUCACGAUUUUUAAAAAGGAAGGUGGUAUCCGAGCGCUGUACAGGGGAUUUUGGCCAACUAUUUUUGGCAUGAUUCCAUAUGCAGGAUUUUCCUUUUAUUCAUUCGAACAACUUAAAUAUUUAUGUAUGAAAUAUGCACCAGAUUAUUUUUGUGACAAGUGUGAUAGAAAUACUGGUGGUUUAGUUUUAACUACAUCUGCUAGAUUAUUAUGCGGAGGUGUUGCAGGUGCUAUUGCUCAAAGUUUCUCUUACCCAUUGGAUGUUACUAGAAGACGUAUGCAGUUAGCUAUGAUGAAUCAUGCUACGCACAAAUAUAGUACUAGUAUGUUACAAACUAUGAAAAUGAUAUAUAAAGAAAAUGGCAUUGCAAAAGGUCUGUAUCGUGGAAUGAGUAUUAAUUAUUUAAGAGCAAUUCCUAUGGUAUCAGUCAGUUUCACCACAUACGAAAUUAUGAAACAAGUACUGAAUUUAGAUACAGGAAUAAAAUUAUAAUUUAUUUUGCAAAGAUCUGUAACUUGUAAAAUAAUUAAUGCUGAUUCAUUUUGAUUUUCUCAUAAUUAUAUUGUUCCAAUUUUAUUUUACGAAAUAAGGAUAUUUUAAUGAA